CAAUAUCUCAGUAAGCAGAGGAGAGUGGUGUCAUUUUUUUGGGCGAAAAUUAAGAAAAGGAACGGAGAAGAGGAAAGCAGAGAGAAAUGGAGACUGCCUUCUGUGGGAGAAUCGGUCUCUCACCCAAUCCCGUCUUCAAUCCCAAGCCAGGGGAUAAACACUCUCUAUGUCGAGGGAGAUGUAACUUCCGUGGGAUUCUCAUGGCAGUAUCAGCAGCAGCGCCAGGUAAAGGGGGAGGUGUACUGGACAGACCAGUGAUUGAGAAAACCACUCCUGGCCGUGACUCUGAGUUUGACUUGAGGAAAUCGAGGAAAAUGUCACCCCCUUAUCGUGUGAUGCUGCACAAUGACAAUUUCAACAAACGGGAAUACGUAGUCCAAGUGCUGAUGAAGGUCAUACCCGGGAUGACGGUGGAUAAUGCAGUCAACAUAAUGCAAGAGGCACAUAUCAAUGGGUUAGCAGUGGUGAUUAUAUGCGCCCAGGCUGACGCGGAGGAUCAUUGCACACAGCUGCGAGGGAACGGUCUGUUGAGUUCAAUUGAACCUGCGAGCGGUGGAUGUUGAAUGAGGCAGCCUGAACAGGACGAUAAUACCUCUCUUGAAGUUGCUUCUCUAUAGUGCCACUGUUAGUUGUAUUGGGGAUAGGGUGUGUAUAUAUAUGGAAACAAGACUGAAAAGAAAAGGUAUGUGAUGCCAAUACUCGUAACAUCCAAUGGGUUGGAUGCAGAAGUGGUGGCAAAUGGUUUUUAGUCCUUUUGAGUAA